AACUCUCCCAUUCAACAAGACAUGCUUUCUAUUUCUUCUUUAAUUAACAACACUAUUAAUAUUACAACUGUUGUAAUUAAAUAUGUAAUAUUAUUUAUUAAUAUCAUAAGACUAUGCUUAUAAAGAACCUGAUCUUAAUUCUAUCCUUACUAUCAAAAUCAUGGGGAGUAAACCUCUGGCAAUUCUUCUCUUCAUCUCCAUCCUCCCUCUUUGCUUUUCACUUCCAUUGCGCCAAGUUUCUCGAUUAUCAUUUCUCAAUGACCUCCAAGGAAGCAAGAAAGGUGAUAAUGUCAAAGGCAUAUCCAAGCUUAAGAACUUUUUCCGUCGUUACGGUUAUUUAAAUCAUCAAAUCAAUGUCACUGGUCAUUUGAUCGACCAUGAUGCCGACGACACCUUUGACGAUCGCUUCGAGUCUGCCGUCAAAACCUACCAACAAUACUUCCAUCUAAACUCCACUGGAUCUCUGAAUGCCGAGACGCUAUCCCAACUUGCAACACCUCGGUGCGGUAAUCCAGAUAUCCUUAAUGAAGCCACUGGUCGAAUGCUAUUAGAAAACAACAACAACGAUAGUAGUCACGAUCACUACCACCAACUCUCCCAUGCUGUACCACACUACAGUUUCUUCCCAGGAAGGCCUAGGUGGCCACCUACCAAAUAUCACUUAACAUAUGAGUUUCUUCCCAACACUCAUGCAGACGCAAAAGCACCGGUGACACGAGCGUUCGCAACAUGGGCUCGACACACACAUUUUAAGUUUUCUUUGGCCACAAACUCUAGAAGAGCUGAUUUGAAGAUAGGGUUUUAUAGAGGGAACCAUGGAGAUGGGUACCCAUUUGACGGGUCAGGAGGAACUUUGGCACAUGCUUUUACUCCAACUGAUGGGAGAGUUCAUUUUGAUUCAACAGAGAAAUGGGUAGUUGGGGCAGUAAGAGGGAGAUUUGAUUUGGAAACAGUGGCUUUGCAUGAGAUUGGACAUCUUCUUGGACUUGGGCAUAGCAGAGUUAAAAAUGCUAUAAUGUAUCCUACUAUAGAAUCUGGGUCUACUAAAGGCUUGAAUGCUGAUGACAUUGAAGGGAUUGAGGUUUUAUACAACGUACCUUUACCCUAAUUCAAAAGCCUUUUCAACAAAAGUUUUACAGUGUGUUGCAUGUUUAAAUAAUAAGAAUAAUACUCGGGUGCAAACAAGAUUGUAUCGGUAAAAUGUAAGAUUGAUAAGCAACCGAAGAUGCAUGCAAGAAUUUUUCUUUUUUCUGAUAUAGGGUACUGUACGUGCAAAAGUUUCCUUUUAAGUCAUUCAAUUUUCUAUGUCACAUAUAUCUAAAUGUCUUCCUUUAAUUUGAUUAUAUUUUCAAUGUUUU